UGAAGCGCGUGUCCUUCCUUGUCCAGAGUUGUAGUUGUGAGAGCAGAUCCGCCGUUAGCUUGUAGUUUUAUGCCUCGGAAGGCUGAAUUAGCUGGCUAACUUUCUCCAGCCGCUGGAUAAAUCAUCACUGUUCCUCACACAUCACCCGAGAGGAGUUCAUCUUCUGAGAGAUCAUGGCAGAUUUCUCGCUGACAGAUGCUUUAGGAGACGACAGCCCAAGCAAGGCGAAGAAUAUAGGGAUCACUAACCCGUCUGCUCCUGCCGGCAACCAUCCACCACCUGCAAACCCAGGAUGGCCGGGUUCAGCCCCAGGAGCCCCCUCCCAGCCCUCCGCUCCUGGUGACUAUGCUGGUGGAUCAUCUGGCCCGGGGGCACCGGGGCAGUUCCCAUACCACUCUGGUCCUGGAGCACCAGGGCAAUACCCAGGACCUCCUUCUGCACCUGGCGGGUUCCCCCCCGGGCCUGGGAUACCUGGACAAUACCCGCCUGCACCAGGAGCCCCAGGGCAGUUCCCCUCCAGCCCUGGAGCCCCCGGGCAGUUCCCCGGGCAAUUUCCUGGGCAGUACCCCGGGCAGUAUCCCGGGCAGUAUCCCGGGCAGUACCCACCUGAAGGAGCUCCAGGACAGCUACCUGGAGGCCCUGUUCCUUACCCAACUGGACCGUUUUCCUCUGGCCCCGGAGCCCCCCCCGGGCCGUAUCAGAAUGUGCCUUACCCAGGAAGUCAGCCAGGAGGCGGCAAUGGGAUGUACGGGCCCGGUGGUCCGGGUGCAUUCCCCCCUACAGCUGGCCCAGGCGCUUUCCCAGCAUUCCCUGCUGGAGGCUUCCCCCCAAUCCCCUCUGGGUCAUGGGGCCCCCCUGCAGCCGGAGGCUUCCCCGCUGCCCCCGGCCCCUUCGGACCUGGCCCCGGACCUAUGGGCCCAUACGGUGGGCCUGCCGCUCCAGGAGGCAUGAUGAUGGUGCCGUUUGAUCUCCCACUUCCUGCUGGGAUCAUGCCUCAGCUUGUAAUCACAAUAGACGGGGAGCCCGUUCCCGGUGCAGACAGGUUCCAAAUCGACUUCAUUAAAGGUCCAGAUGUCGUGUUUCACUUCAAUCCUCGAUUUAAUCAGCAAACCAUCGUCAGAAACUCCAACCUGGGAGGAUGCUGGGGGCCGGAGGAGAGGGACGCAGGCUUCCCCUUCGCUCAGGGACGCCGCUUUGAGCUGAAGAUCCUGGUGGAGGAGGACUCGUUUAAGGUGGCGGUGGACGGCAACCACCUGCUGGAGUACGAGCACAGAGUGGGGGGGCUGGAGGAAGUGACCCUGCUGCGAGUGACAGGAGACAUCGUGCUGCACGGCGCGACCCCCAACAUGAUCUGAAUCAGAACCAGCCGAGCGUCUGAAACACCUGCGCUCUUUGCUCACCUGCCGCUCGUCGUUACGGCACGUUUCCGCAGGUCUGCACAUAUAAUCCUUUCUUUUGGUUUUGCUGGAUGAUUUCUCUCUUUUGUUUUGCAACUCACGACCCAAUAUAUUCUAACCCGUAACAUUAUCAGAGUAGUGAAUUUAAAACGCUUUAAAGGGACAGUUCACCACAAAAUCAAAAGUCCAUCUUGUUCUUACCUGUAAAGUUAUUUAUGAAUCUCGAGGGUUUCGUCGUAUUUCUGGAAACAUACGUACGAGAGUUAAAGUGACGAUCCUUAACAUGUCUAUCCUGUUGAGUUAUUAUUUCUAUUUCAAGUUGUUGAUGCAGGAGCUUCACACACACACACACACACACAGACACACACACACAGACACACAGACACACACACACACACACACACACACACACACACACACACACAG